AGAACUUUUGAAGAAUCUGUUACAAAAAGAGAUGGUUCUUCUGGAAUUAAACACAAUUAGAAGCAAGAAAAAGAGAGAGAAAGUGCACUUCUAAGUGAACUAGAGUUCUUCUUCUCCAGAUCAUUUGCAUUAUGGUUACUUAUAAGAUCUAAGUUUGUUCGUUUUCAUAGAUCUAACAGAACGCAUUAAACUCUAAACUCUACAUUUACAUAAUGUAGGAUGAGUGUGUACAUGUGCAUUGGGCCGCUCAGCUGCAGACAGUGACUGGAUUCAAGCGAAUGAGCGUCGGAUGCAAACGUAGUAGUGAGCGUCUAGUGAUAAUCUGCGAUAAUCUACUCGCCUCACUCUUUCACCGCUGAUGCGCAGAGCCUUUUUUGUUUAAAUGCACACCUCGCUGGAAGCCGCAGAUAACAAAAGAGGAGAUAAGAUGUCUGUAAAAACAGAGGGUCGCAUCAUUUGAGACAUUUCUACGCUCACUUCAAGGUGAAGAUGCGUCUGUUUUUCGUCUCUGGGCUGCUGGCGUUGGGCUUUCCCUUCAUCAGGUCUGACUUUGUAGAUUCAUUCAGUACAUGCAGUGACUUUUUUUUGAAAGGAACGCCUCCAACGAUUCCGGGCAUCCUGGAGAAAUCGGUUUCAGAGAAUAAGAACCAAUACCAAGCGAUCUGUCAGGAAGCGAAUAACAUGUACAGAUACGCAACUCUCUACGACACAAAAAACAGGAUUCCCGUUUUUUCAGCUUACAAAUAUACAGGCAGAUCAACCGAUUUCAACGCACCAAAGAGAAACUGGAAGAUCCACCCGGGGCUGGAAAACACAGAACAAUACUACCACAACAACCAGCUACAUCUGACCCGGGGUCACAUAUUUCCCAUGUCCUAUGCAGCGGACGUAGACGCCGCCAAAUCUACAUGCGAUAUGAUCAAUAUCGUGCCUCAGGUCGACCGAUUUAACGAUGGGAGCUGGGGGCGCAUGGAGCAAAAAGUUAAAAGCGUAAUGGAUUCUCAAUGCAGGGAUGAAAAGGACAACAAUAAGAUCUUGGCCUACGGGCUGACGGGAGCCGUGCCGAGCCAGAAUAAACUGCUGGAGGAGAAGGUAAACAUUCCCUCGCACAUGUGGACAGCCUUCUGCUGCUUCAACAGUAAGAGCAGAAAAUGGGAGUCCCUGGCUCACUGGGCUGAAAACGUAGAUGAGAGCGAUGAUAAAGCCAAAAGCAUCACUGAGCAGAGUCUUGAAAAGCUGCAGGAGUUCCUGAAGAGCAUGUACAAUACAGAAUACGCUCCGUUUAACGGCGAAUGUAUGGAUCUGUUCGUUACGGGGGAAAUUCAGCCUCAGUGAGAGGAGGAGAAACCUUUCUUGCGGUACUUGAUGUCGUUGGCAGCAGAAAUUUGGGCAGGGUUUAGUUCUUUUUUCGGUAGAAAUGAAAAGGGACGCAUUCGUUGAAAUCAUGAAACUGUGCUUUUAAUCAAAAGCGCAUGCAAUUAGCAAUAAUAGUAAUUUAACGCUUAAUUUAUUGUUAUUUUAUUUAUAUAUAUUUAUUUUUGAAAUGCUUUCUUUUUUUUUGCUUCAAGGGCACUAGAAACGCGUGUCUGUGGAGUCCUGCAUUAGUUAAGCUUGUCUAAAUGUGAAGAUGGCACGAAAUAACAACAACGCCAGAUUUCUGUUUAUUAACAC